AUGGCGGUCACAAAUGAUAUAGAGACAAAGGACGUCGAGACCAACGGCACUGAGACGAAUGGCAACGGAGAAACACCGGUCUACGAACCGGUCGGUACAAUCUGCGACGUUCGAAAUCUAUACCAAACCAAACCCGACGAAAACGAAAAAACAUCAUGGAGCAAAGAAAUGCCAACAGACCUACCGGAACCAGCCGAAGACGCCGAGUCCGCCCAAUACGUACUCCUAGUCCGCAAAACAAAAUGCUACGAUGGACGCAAAAGCCUCCAAAUGCACUCCAUCGUGAUCCAAAGCGAGCCCUUGAAAAAGUUCCUAGGAAAAGCCCUAGGCAACUACCCGGGCGUGACAACCAGCCUCGAACGCCUCGAAUUCGAAGCUCCUUUCAAGCCAAUCGUCCAUCGCUGGAAGGAUAUCACCAAAGCCCGUGAUGAAGAGUCAGACCCAACAACCAAAGCGCACGUCGAUCUCUUCUACAGAAUCAUGAACGAAGAAUUGAAAGAAGUCAUUGACCGUAUGAACGACCUCGUCGCUAACGGCGUCAUCACCUUCGACCUCGUAUGGACGAUCCUGGAACCAGAAGAUGUGGUCAUCUCUUCGCGCGGCGGAUCACUACGCGCAUACCAAUUCUCUUCGCUGGUACCCACGCGCUGCGGAUGGGCUGCAAGCGUGAACUACGUUGAAUUCGACGGCUCGGAUUUCGGCUUCAAGAGUGAUGGUUUCAGCAUUAAUGCGUUCAAUGGUACGGUGCCUAUUACCUCUUUGUCCAUUUGCCCGUUGAAACACCACAAAGACAAAGAUGCUAUCCGAGGCAUGCUGAUCGCACGUGGAAAACGCUGGGAAGAGCAUAAGGGGUACCACUACAAGGCGUACGAAGGAGCGGCUGUCAGUCGCACCUGGGAUGAUCGCAACGGCGAAGAAAAGGAGACAAAGUACUUCGUAAAGAGUCGGGUUAUUAUUGAUGCGGAGGGAUACAAUAUCUUCCAUCCCAGCACGUCUGUCCAUACCAGUCAUGAUAUCGGGAAGGAACUGGAAAGUGAUGAGCAGCGGCUUUUUGCUACGCCUUGGUUGCAUGGAUAUUCGCUUAAGGAUAAGGAGUGGCUUGGGUUCCAUCUGGAGCUGACGAAGGAGAUUGAAUGGGACGAUGAUGCGUUCAAAUCCCUUGUUUUGCCAGCUGAGCAGGAGAACCUCAAGGAUGUCAUUCUUGCUGUUGCCAAGGCUCAAUCUAAGAAGUUGGAUAGCUUUGACGAUGUUGUGCAGGGUAAGGGUCGCGGUAUUAUCAUGCAGCUUGCUGGUCCGCCUGGUGUUGGUAAGACUCUUACUGCGGAGAGUGUGGCUGAAGUUAUGAAGGUGCCGCUGUAUGUUAUGAGUGCUGGGGACUUGGGGAUGUCUGCCGACUCAGUGGAAAGCAGCCUCAAGGAUAUACUACGCAUGGUCCCCAAGUGGGGAGCUGUAUUAUUGCUUGAUGAAGCUGAUGUUUUCAUGGAGGCUCGUGAUGCGACUGAUCUUGCGAGGAACGAGCUUGUUUCGAUCUUUUUGCGCAUGCUUGAGUACUACGAGGGCAUCCUUUUCCUAACAACCAACCGUGCCCAAAACAUCGACCCAGCAUUCGAAUCUCGAAUCCACAUUUCCCUUCAUUACAAAGAUCUGGAUUCAAACUCCCGCCGGCAUAUCUGGGCCCAGUUCCUGGGUCGGUCGGCUAAUACUGAUGCUUUCACUGAUGAGCAGCUUGAUCAGGUGGCUGAGGUUGCUUUGAACGGUCGCCAAAUAAAGAAUGUGAUCAAGACUGCUGGACUGCUUGCUUGGGCCCAGGAAGGUGAUCUUAAGUACGAUCAUGUCAAGACUGUCCUCGCGCUAAGGGAUUUAUCUAAAUAA